AGAUCGGACGGCUCACGUCCAACACCUCGCAUCCGACGGCAGACCGAGCCCCUCCAUGCACCCGCGCACAACCCACCGCCAGGUUUAUCGCCCGCGCCGCGCCGCCUCCUAAACCCGCCUCGCCUCGGCCGCGCCGCCUUCCAGAAGCUUCCAGAACCGUCGGCGAGGCGGAGCCGGCCGAGCAUGUGGUCUCUGCGGAACCUUCUCCGAGCAGCAUCGCCGUCGCUCCGUCGCAGCUCCGGGAGCUUAGCUGCGAGUGGUGAGGCGACGGUCACAGCUUCGGACUCGGCUUCGGCGUACAGGGGGUUGCUGGCGGCGGGCGCGGGCGACGGGUGGCGCCGGGCGAUGUCGACGACCAAGGGGAGGAGCAUGCGGAGCAAGGUGGAGAAGCGGAUGGUGAGGGAGACCGGCCGCACGCAGCGGGAGCUCCGCCGCGCCGUCAAGCUCAGGAAGAAGCUCAUGACGGAUGACGAGAAGCUCAUCUAUAACCUGCGAAGGGCCAAGAAAAAGGUUGCUUUGCUUCUACAGAAGCUCAAGAAGUAUGAACUACCAGAAUUACCAGCUCCUCGUCACGAUCCUGAGCUGUUAACCGCUGAGCAACUACAAGCUUACAAGAAGAUCGGAUUCAGAAAUAGAAACUAUGUGCCUGUUGGAGUUCGUGGAGUCUUUGGAGGUGUUGUUCAAAACAUGCAUAUGCAUUGGAAAUUCCAUGAGACUGUGCAAGUUUGUUGUGACAACUUUCCAAAGGAAAAAAUUAAGGAAAUGUCAGCAAUGCUGACAAAAUUGAGUGGUGGAAUAGUGAUCAACAUUCAUAAUACCAAAACAAUUAUCAUGUUCCGAGGAAGAAACUACCGUCAACCGAAGAACCUCAUACCUUUCAACACACUAACCAAAAGGAAGGCUUUAUUCAAGGCUAGAUUUGAGCAGGCACUUGAAUCACAGAAAUUAAACAUCAAGAAAAUAGAGACACAACUCCGUCGUAAGGGUAUCAAUCCAGAGGACCCAGUUGCUAUGGCCAGCAUCCAACGUGUUGCCUCUACAUUCUUCCGAGCGAUAGAUGAACAGCAAGGUACUCCCUAUGUUUUCCGUGGGGAUACACAACCUGCUGCUGGGACUACUGAAAUAAAAGAGCCACGUGAUCAUCCAUCUGAAGAUAGCGACCAGGAGGAGCUUGAUUGCUUCAUUGCAGAUAUAGAAAGUGCGGCAGAGAAGCAAUGGGAAGAAGAAGAGGCGGCAGAGAAAGAAGAAUCUUCAAGAAUGCGGUAUUGGGACAGAGAAGAGGUGGGUGAGCGCAGGGGUUUCGGUAGAAGCUAUGAAAACUCAGAUGCUGAGGAUAGAGGACAGGGAAGAUACAGGAGGGAUAAUAACAACAAAGGGACAUCAGAUGUGAGGAGGUGGGAAGAUGAUCGCGAGAUCGAGGCAUCAGGUGAAGAAUGGGCCUCUGGUGACGACAGCGAUAAUGUUCUGGACUUUGAUAAUGAUAUAGAUGCUCCCGAUGAGCAUCCUCGACGAUUUGAAAGCAAGAGGAAUGAGAAGAGCAGGUCCAGUUGCAGGAAUAAUUUUAUUCCUAAGGGAGAGGUGGGUGAGCGGAGGGGUUUCAGUAGAAGCUAUGACAACUCAGAUGUUGAGGAUAGAGGCCAUGGAAGAUAUAGGAGAGAUAACAAGAACAAAAGGAUGCCAGAUGCGAGGAGGUGGGAUGAUGAUAAUGAGAUCGAGGCAUCAGGUGAAGAAUGGACCUCUGGUGACACCAGGGAUAAUGUUCUCAGGUUUGACAAUGAUAUAGAUGCUCCUGAUGAGCAUCCUCAAUGUUUCGAAAGCACGAGGAAUGAGAAGAGCAGAUCCAGUCACAGGCAGAAUUCUAUUCCUGGGGAACUCAGAAGUUCCAAUAGGAUUACACCGAACUCAGCUGCUGCUUCUGAUAGCAGUAUAUUCAGGGACAGUAAUGAUGAUGAGGUAGACACUGACGACGAUGAAUUGUGGGGAUCCGAUUAUAAGGGGGAAGAAACAAACUCGAGAUCCCCUAAGGCGAAUUUCUCAAGUCACCACAGCAGUAGCGAGGACAGUGAUGACAACUGGAAACACGGUGACAGGACUGGUAAAAUGAAGAAAAAUACCGAUGAAAGUUGGGACAGUGACUGAAAACUUGAAAGAAUAAUGUUAAUAUGUGAUGGACGAAGGUCAGCACCAAAGACUUGUCAAACUAGGUUCUUUCAUGGCUGGUACUGCUUAUGUUUUCGCCCAAUGGAGAACUCAGGAACUAGAAGAAUUAGCAUGGUUUUCAUGAUAGCAACUAUUUGAACUUUUAUUGCAAGCUUCAGAUAAUGCUUAAGUUCCAGACAGUACCGUGGGUCCAGUUUGCAAAUAGACAUCAGGCCAGAAUGCUGAAAGGUUGAUUGAGCUGGAUUGGGGGCACGUUGUUAACUGUGUCAUAGCCUCCUAGGCACAUCAUCAAGGCGUUCUACCGCUUGGCAUAAUAAGGGACAAGUUGUCCGGUGUUUCGUGCCAGAGCUCAGCUUCUAGCUUCACAUUAGAUUUUACGUUUGUAGAUUAAGAUUAAGUGGUUUAAGUCUUUAUUUUCAUUUUCGGUGUCCUCAUAGCUCUAGCUUCACGAAUUCCUUUGAAAAACAUUUUUUUUUAGGAUUUU